AUGAACGACACCUCGCUGGCGCGUGAUCUGGUACGUGCCCAACUUAUUGACCUCUCCACGAUGAGAGAGAAGCUGGAGCAGAUCGGCACGGGCCUGGAGGUGAUCAUGCAGGCUCAACUUGAGCUUCAGGCCUGGGUUGAGGAGCAAGAAGAGCGAACCUACGAGCUGUCGGAGACUGUAGGCGACCGCACCAUUGGCAAAAACCGACGAGGAGAUAUUAUCAUUUGA